GAUUGAAGCCAGUGAUCAGGCAACAGCACGUGUGCAUUAGAAUGGAAAUCUAGCAGACGACGUUCUUCCUUUUCAGUCGUUCUUCCUCAUUUUCUGUGCUGAAAUUUUUCAAGUCGCAGAAAUCAAUUAAAUUAAACCAUGGAGUACCAAAGAGAACCUUGCCCUUGGCGGAUUGUUGAUGACUGUGGUGGAGCCUUCACUAUGGGAGCUAUUGGCGGAUCUGUCUUCCAAAGCAUCAAAGGUUUCAGAAAUGCCCCAAGUGGUUUCCAGAGGCGAGCAUUUGGCAGUAUAAUCGCCAUCAAAGAACGAGCACCAAUUAUUGGUGGAAAUUUCGCAGUUUGGGGUGGAAUGUUUUCCACCAUUGAUUGCACACUAGUGUACUUCCGUCAAAAAGAGGAUCCCUGGAACUCAAUCAUCAGUGGAUUUGCCACUGGUGGUAUCCUUGCCGCUAGAAAUGGUGCAGGUGCCAUGAUUGGCAGUGCAGUUGUUGGCGGUUUGAUUUUGGCCUUGAUUGAAGGCAUGGGAAUUAUGUUUACGCGCAUGACAGCUGAUCAGUUCCGACCAAUGGGACCUCCCACAGAAGAACCCAUGAAUUCAUCGCCUCCGUUCGGAAACCAGCAAUACCAAUAGCCAAUUAAAGAUCACAAUUUAGCUAGACAUUUUCUUGAGUUGUUCCCUUUUUUCUCCCCCCAGACUUGAUUCUAUUCAUCCUCAAAUUCCUCGUCGGUAGUGCUCGCACGCCAUAGAACGCGAUAGUCGAGUCAGUGAUUUAUAUUAAUUGAUUGGGCUCACCAUCACGCAGCCCCAAUUAUUUUGUCUUGGUACCGUACGUUUAUCCCGGCAUUUUCCCUUGUUUUUUUGUCUGCCGUGCUACACUGACAUUUAAAUGCCGCUGUUUGACGCAUCUCAAUCAAAUGUAUAAAUAAACGGAACACAAGAACCACCAA